UCAACUGUUUUUGGGGUGCUCGCCUUUCUCAGUUUCAUCGGCCGCCUAUACGCCAUUUACCUGCGCAACGAUCGACCCAAGGUCGAAGAGUGGUUUAUCUUCGCGGCCCUAUGUUUGACCUACGUCUCCCUCGGCCUGCAAUGGGCGUGCGUUACUCUCGGCGGAACAGGUCGCCACAUCACCGACGUCGAAGCCAUCGACCCCAACUCGGUCAUCCUCACCCUCAAACUCAUCAUACCAUUUGAGGCGUUAUACGGCAUAACUAUUAUGCUUAUCAAGUUCGGAGUACUGAGUUUCUAUGGGAGGAUGUUUGCGCUCACGAGUUGGUUCAAGCUAAGCCUGCGAAUCACGGCCGCCACGGUAUUCCUCUGGAUGGCUUCGAUCGUGCUGGAGACUUUCUUACUAUGCCGUCCACUGGCAUAUAACUGGGAUACAAGUAUCGAAGGUGUAUGUGGGGACCGAAACGCCGCGUAUGUGAUUGCCGGCGUGAUGAAUAUGAUAACGGACUUCAUGGUGCUGCUUUUGCCUGUGCCAGCGAUUUGGCAGCUGAAGAUGCCAACAGGCCAGAAGGUUGGCUUGGUUGGAGUGUUCAGCAUGGGUGUCCUUAUCACCGCCAUCUCCAUUGUCCGCUUGCAUUCGCUCAUCACCAUAUCGUUCACCGAUCCUACGUGGACGUUGCCAAUGGGUCUCCUGUGGACAGUCCUGGAGCCUGAAUUAGCCAUCAUCAAUGCCAACCUUCCAUUCAUGCGCCGCUUCCUCGCCCAAAUCAUCCCGAAGGCCUUUUCCUUAUCUCGAAGCUCAAGAGGAUAUCCGACUAAGGGUAGCAGG